ACUGGCACAUAUAUGAAUAUGUGUGAGGGACACAUCAAUAUAUUUUAUAUAAAUGUGUAUGUGUAUGUGUAUUGUAUACACACAACAUGGCGCUGGUGACACAUUUGAGUACAAGAGACUGUCAAAUCGGCUUGGGAUACGCCUAAGUUUUUAUAUAUUUACUUCUAUUAAUUUUCUUAUCAAUAAACAAUAAUAGUAUGAUUUAUACUUGAAAAGUGUUUGUGGUUGAUGAAUUUAUUUGACAAUAAAUAAAUAAAUAAAUAAAUAAAUAAAUAAUGGAAGCUAUUGUGGAAUAUAGUUAUGUGGCUCAUGAACCAGAUGAAUUGACACUUAGAAAAGGUGAUAUUAUAAAAGAUGUAAAAGUUACAGCUGGUGGAUGGUGGGAAGGUACCUUGAGAGAUAAACGUGGCAUGUUUCCUGAUAAUUUUGUAAAGGUAAUUGAACCAUCACCAAAUAGUCAUUCAAGUAAAAAUGAAACAAAAAUUAAUAAUGGAACAAUAAAAAAAGAUGAAAAUUUAAUGAGAAAUGGUGGUUCAUCUGGUAGAAAAUAUUGUAAAGUAUUAUUUAAUUAUGAGCCAUGUAAUGAAGAUGAAUUGGAAUUAAUGCCACAAGAUUCAAUUGAAUUUUUGGAAGAAGUUGAAGAAGGCUGGUGGCGAGGAAGAUUACAUGGACGUGUUGGUGUAUUUCCAUCAAAUUUUGUAACAUCACCAAGCCCAGAAGAAGCUGAAAGACCAAGUGGUAGUAUUGAAAGAACAACUAAAGAAUUAUGUCUUGUAUUAUUUUCAUAUGAAGCACUUAAUGAAGAUGAAUUAACAAUAAAUGAGGGUGAAAUUGUAACAAUAAUAUCACGUAAUGUUGCUGACAAAGGUUGGUGGAAAGGUGAAAUACAUGGUAAAAUUGGUCUAUUUCCUGAUAAUUUUGUUAAAUUAAUUGAAGUUAAUCAAGAUAAUAAUAAUGAAGAUUGGCAUGAUACAAAUCAAUCAUCAUCAAAAUCAAGUUCCAUGAAAAAUCAUUCAGUACAUAAAAAAAGUGAAAAAGCACAUGCUAGAAAAAGACUUGAUUUACGUAGUGGAUUAUCAAAUAUUGAUAAUAUGUCAUCAAGAAAAAUAUCAGAUUCAACAAUAUCAUCAUCAUCAUCAUCUUUAUCAUCAACAUCAACAAUGUCAUCAUCACGAGUAAUGAUGCAAGGUGAUUUAAAACCAUCAUCAUCAACAACAACAAGCUUAAAAAAAAUUAAUGAUAAUUUAUUGACUGAGACUGUUGAUAGUCUUACUGAAAGUUGUAUUAAUGAAGAACUAGAUGGUAUUGAACGUGGCGAAGGUGCACCAUUAUCACAUUUAACAGCAUCACGUGCUAAAGCACCACGUAGACGUUUACCAUCAAGUCAACAUGUAAGAGGACAAACAACAACAUCAAUAAAUAAUUUAUCAUUAACAAAUUCAACUGAAUCAGUUAUUGAUAAUAAUUUAACAAAUGGUUCAAUUGAUACUGUUGAUCAAAUACGUGCUACUAAUGAUGAUAAUGAUAAUAAUGAUGAUGAUAAUAUUAAUAGUAAUAAUAAUAGUAAUGAUAAUGUAAUUAGUAAAACACGUAGAAAAACAGCACCAUGGAUGGAAGAACUUAAAAUGAAUCAAAUGGAAAAACGUAAAAGUGGAAUUAAUGAUAAUAAUAAAAUUGAUAAACCUGAUAGUGUUGUUAAAAAAGAAAGAAGUCAUCAUCCACGACCACCAUUACCAGAAUUACCACCAAAAUUAAUAAAUGAUGAUAAUAAUAUUAAUGUUGCAACUGUUGAAUUAAGACAAAAAAAUAAAGAUAAAGAAAUUAAUAUUAAAACAGAGUCAAGUAAUGUAUCACCAACAAUGACAUCAGUUACAAUGCCAAGUGGAACAACACCAACCUAUGUUCCAUAUAAACUUUUUAGUCAAUUGUUAGAUAGAGUUGUUGCUCUGGAACAAAAACAUACUGUUUUACAACAAACAGUGGCACAAUUAACUGAACAACUUGGUGCAUCAUCUGGUGCCAAAAAACUUUAAUCAUUAACAAAACAAAAAUGAAACAAUUAUUCUGUGAGUAUUUUCGCUGUGCAUUCCAAGCAAUUUACAAUUUUUUUUUCUAUAUUUUAAUUCUACAAUUUAAAAUAGAAAAUUUAGUUGAUUUAUUUUUUUCUUAUCUAUACUAAUGGUCAUCACGUACAUAUAUUUAUAUAUUUUUUUUUUUAUAUGUCCUCGCGCCAAAUUAAUUGAUAAUGAUUUGAAAAAAAAUUAUUAUCAUUGUUAUUAUUUACAAAACAAAAAAAAAAGACAGUUCUAAUUAUUCAUUCCAGCAGUAUUUUUAAUGAACUUUUUUUUUUGGUCUUUUUUCUUUGUCCAUUGAAAGCACAAUGUUCUAUGACAAUGGAAAUUUUUUUUCCAUUGUUUUAGUUUUUGAUUUUCGUUAUUUUUUAAAUGAAAAUACUUUUGUAUUUUUAAUCGUACAAACAAUGGUUGAUUUAUAAAAUUAAUAGAAAAAAAAAAUGCAAAAAAAAACGUCCAAUAUUAGAAUCAUAUUUGAGUACUUAAUAUAAUUUUUUUAUAAUCGUUUUUUUUUUUUAAAUAAUAAGCUAAAUUUAUUGAUUUUAUUUUUUAAAAUUUAUAAAUAUUUUUCAUCAGUUGACAUUUAUAAUGGCCGAGGAUUUAAAGACUGUACAAUGUUAUAAUUCAAUCAAGUUAAAACGAAGGAAAAAAAAUAAUAUAUAUAAUUAAUAAUAAUAAUAAAAUUAAAAAAAUAAAAAGAGAAUAGUUUAUAAUAUAUUCGAUAAAAUAAAGCAGUUCCAAAUAAUGUAUUUCCGCUUUUUUCAAUGUUGCUUAAAUUGGUGCUAAGGUACGAAACGUUGAAGAAAAAAAAAUAAGAGAAUAUAAAAAUGCAUAAUAUAUUUAAUUCCAUAUUGAACCAAAAAAAAAGAAUUUUACCUGAAAAAAUUUACAUAUUCGAAUCAAUAUAUUAUUGUGAUUAUAUAUAACUAACAAUAUUAUUAUUAUUUUUAUUAAUUAUUAUAAAAUAAGAGCUAUUAGAAAAUUUAUCAACAAAAAUUCUACAAAUUUGUAAUUUUUUUUUUUUUUUAAUCCAAAAUUUUUGUACUUUUAUAGUGUGUUUUUGAAUGAGAAAAUAUUUCAUUGAAUAAAAUACGCUUUGCAUUAGUGAUUUGAAAUGAAAAAGUAUUUAAAAAAAAAAAAAAAAAUCAUGAAAAUAGUCAUUUUUAAAAUAUAAAAAAGAUAAGUGUUUUUUCAUUGAUUUUAAUUAUUUUUCAAAAAAAAACCACGUAUUAAAAAAAAAACGAAAAAAAAAUUAUAUAAAUUGAAAAGUACUUAAAAAAUUAAUGCUAAAAAUUGUACUUAAAAAAAAAAUUAAAAAAAAAGAAAUUAAAUUGUGAAAAUUCAAGAAUGAUAAAAAUUAAAAAAUAAUAAAUGUAAGAAAGAAAGGAAAAAAAAAUAUGUAACAAUGUACAUAUUGAUUAUGUAUCAUGGGACAGGAAAAAAAAAAAAAAAAAAAAAACAAUUGAGUCUUGUAUAUUCAUAGUAUAAAUAUAUAUAUUUUAUUUUGUCUCAGCAUGAAAUGUUUGAGACACGGGGGCCGUGAUUAAAAGGCCAAAAAAAGAAAAUGAAAAUAAAAAAUUCUUCAA